CUUCAGGCUGCCUUGCUGAUCCAAUGGCUAGAAAUUCUCUCUGCAAAGGUUGGCCAAGAUCAUUCCUGUGCUUGGAUUCUUUGAGUUUCCCUUGAUAAACCUCACAGAAUGUCCAGGCUGGUGCCCAUCAUUUCCCAGAAAGAUCUGGAGAACAUUUCCUUGAGCAGGACAGGCUUUGGCCUCACACUCAAAGCCUUCCACGUGGCUUGGAACACAGAUGUCUCCGUGAAGCUGUUGGGCAACCAGGCAGCGGAAGAGAGAGAUUUCAAGGCCCUGCUUCAAGAAGCAGCAAAAACUCAAUGUUUACAGUGUAACCACCUCUUGCCCUUGUUGGGUGUUUGCCAGUUUCAAGGAUUCCUAGGGGUGGCAACAACAUGGAUGCACAACGGAUCUCUCUGUUCACUCGUUCACGACCGUGAACUCUAUCCAGAUCUGCCUCUUCCUUUAAGCAUAAGGAUCCUGUCGGAUGUUGCCACUGGUCUAAGUUAUCUUCACAAUUUGGAGCCUCCUCUCCUUCACCACAAUCUCAAACCUUCCAACGUGUUGUUAGAUCUAGAAUACAGAGCUAAGAUCUCAGAUUUUGGCCAACCCACCUGGAGAAAACAGCAGCUAAGGACUGCUUUGCAAAACUGUAACAACAGAAGUUGCUGGGACUUGCUUUGCCUCUGCCCUGAAAUCCUGCAGGGAGGUCACUUCUCACAAGAAGGAGAUGUUUAUAGCUUUGGAAUGUUGUGUUGGGAGCUCCUGAGUCGACAAAAACCACUGAAAGGAAAAAAGACUUUGCUUGAAGCCGUGGCUGGAGUCUGCAGUGGUCUGCGCCCAGGGAUCGAACCGGCCUUCAUACCGAGUGGCCUGCCGCAUCGGAACAAGCUGGUUCGACUCAUCCUUCGAUGCUGGCACCAAGACCCCAGCUAUCGACCAAGCGCUGCAGAAUGCAGUGCCUUUCUAAAGGAUAUCCUCGGUACCUUUACAAAGGAGGUGAUCUCUGAUGCCAUCUACAAUUUGAUUCAUGCAAAGGAAUGUGCAAUUAAUGCUGCAAAAGGUCCGGUUUCUCACAUUCUUGAAACAGGAAUGCGCAAUUUAGAGAUUAUCUGCCCUCAAAAGAACAAUGUGCUCAACAAGAAAAUCAUGUUAAAACCGCAGAGCUUGUCAUGUGAUGUGGAAAGUCCAGGGAAUAACGUUAACCAGACAAUCCUUGUCAGCAGUAAACCUCAAGAGACAGCAUUUGGUCCAUCUGUAUGUGCUAGCAAUGGAUCAAGCCCACCAUCCAUCGUUCUUUCACCUCAUUCAAAGACAAGCAAAAAUAAAACUUCGACAUUUAGCAGUGAGUCCAAAGGUCAUCAGCCACCGUUUCCGCAAAAAGUGCAAGAACCAGACUGUCAUCCUUCUUACAAAAACUAUCCAAACCAUUGGCCUGACAGCACAUUAAUAGGUCCAGGCUGCAAAGAAAUGAACUGUUCCACCCUAGCCCUCGGGCGAGAAACCAUCUUAAGCUCCAUGACGGAAGGGCGUUUGAACCACCUUUUGGAUGUCUUGCGUGCCCAGCAGCUCUUAUCCAGGGUGGAUUACGAAAUGAUCAUGUCACGCCCGACUUUGUCAGGCCGGACCCGUGCUUUGAUUGACACGUGCCUGGGUCUGGGGGAGCAGGCUGCCAAGACGGCGGUGGCUGUGCUGUCCAGCCGAAAAGGCAGCCUUGUGCUGCGAAGGCUCCAGAUGAACCCGGUGAAUUAAACGCUGCGUCUCGAUGUGGUUUGUUCAGCUGUGCAGGAACACCUUGCGUUACUUUCCAGCGAUGUCCGUCCUCUUAAAAAUAAAUAAGUAAAUAAAUACCAGGAUUAGAUGAGGAGAACGGGCUGCCCACUGCCUGAAGGAAAAGCAUCAAUCUUUGCUAGUGCUGGCAUGAUGUUUUCAUACGGUGCAAAAGUGGAUUGAGGAGCUGUGGGAAAUGAAAAGGCAUUUAAGGACAGAGCUUUCCCAGUAAACCACUGGGAGAAAAGGCGAUGUUGCCAAUGGCUGUUGGCCCUUCAAGCAAGACUUAAGGCAGUUGGUCCAUCUUCUGGAGCAAAUUAACCGUUUGGUUCUCUCCAUUCUGAAAUCAAGGCUGCAUGAAGCGAGAGAGGUUCAGAAUUCAGAUUUUUCCCAGAUGAGGAAUGUGGAUGCUCAAUACUCAGAUGGGAUUACUAAUCUGCAGUGGCUCAGAGAAUUAUGGGAAACUAUGUUGGUCAUCUCACAACUGUGAAUUUAAACUAGUUUGGUGCUGGGAGAUCUCCUAGAAGUUAUGAAUGAACAAAUUGUUUAAAGAUUUGUGUGUCGUCUUUCAGUAAAGGUAAACACGUACAUGUGAAAACGGUGUCCGUUUUUUAAUUUCCAAAAUCAUACAAUUCAGAAAAUAAACUCUAAACUGGGUUCAUGCAUUUUGUUCAGCCAACUUUCUUUAACCAUGGUUUUUCUGAAUAUACCACAAUAGACUAGGUUUGCCAAAAAAAACCCCAAACCAUAAGCCAUAGCUAACAAGCCACAAUGUUGGUGCUAGACCCAAUCCAAAUUAACUCCAUUAUGCCCUAAAGUGUUGUGUUUUAGUUUAAUGUAUGGUUUAUUGAUGAGUCAAAUGACCAUAUCAAAUCUAAUGUGUUGUGUAAACCAGGUCUGAUAACUGGAUCCAGGCUAAGUUAGUUGCCCUGAGGUCCUUUUACAACCACCAGGGAAGUUAAUCAUGCCUAAAAUUAAACCCACUGAUUGAAAUAGCAACUGGAUCUGAAACUUAUUAAUAAAAUAACUGUAACUGAAAGGUCAUUAAACUCUUAGGAAGAGUUUCUUAAAAAGACCUCAGGAUAAAAAUACUGUGCAUGACAACUUGGAAAUAUGAUAAAAUAAAAUUGUAUAAAUGAGGCAGGAUAAUUCCACAAUAAUUUGUCUGGAAGUAUCCUGGUAAAUUGCCAUGGUAACCUGAGAGCCAUUGUGGUGUAGUGGCAUAGGGCCUGGACUAGGGAGUGGGGAGACCCAGGUUCUUGUCCCCACAAAGCCACAGAAGCUCAUUGGCUGACUUUGGGCCAGUCCCUCCCACUCAGCCCAAGAGCCAAUCAGGUAUAGUGGGGAAGGUGCUGGACUAGGGGAAUUCUGGGAGUUGAAGUCCACACAUCUUCAAGUUCCAAGAUUGAGAAUCACUGCUGUAAAAUCUUAAACUGUAGCAAAAUAAAGUUCUAGCAGGUUAUAGAAGGAAUGACAGAAGUCCUUCCCUUUUAAAGUCUUUUUUAAUGGCUCUGAGCCACACCAAUGUUAUAUCCGGGCUUCUAAACCUGUGCGUACUUUUAUAAAUGUAGACCGCCUGGUGCGAUUCAGUGCAGAACCGUUUGGCAUUACAUUAAUGGGCACUAUAAAUGACUAUGGUUUUGCCUUUAUUUCUCUUUCAUUGGUGGGACUCAUGCAUUUAACAACUAAAACAUCAAACUCCAGCAACAGACCUUUUCCUCAUUAACUGAAUUCCAGGAGAAAAUCAGCAGAUGUCUGGAGAUACAAAAUGCCUGACAGGAAAAAAGAAAAAAAAAUCUUUGCUGGCACAGGGAGAACCAUGCUUGCAUAAAUAGAGCAUCCAAGUUGUUAAACAGCAUUUCUAAAACAGCUUUGCCACAUCUGGUGCCCUCCAGAUGUGGGGAUCUUCCAACUCCCACUGUUCUGCCUGUAGGUAGAACUGAAUUCUGCAAACUUAUUUGUAGGGGAUCAGGCUGUGGAAGGCUAGCAACGAUAUCACUGAAUUAAUAUUAUGUGGCAGAGUGCAGAUGUGUCAUUCUUGUUUUCAUGCUUAUAUCCAUCACCAGUUAUACUUUCCCGCAGGGCAGUGAGGAAUUGGCAAGUUCAUGUCCAAUUUUCUUAAACCUCCAUGUUCCUGUCAAGAUGGAACUUCUUAGGUUGCUGCAAGCAAUGAUUUCAAUAUGCAAAAGGAGUGGGCCUUCGAUUGCGACACCAAGCCCAUCAUCUUGCAGAUGUUGACACCCCCCCACACCCCAGCUGCCCUGUAAUUCAUUGAGCAAGUGUAUAAGGGAGGGAAGGACUAAAGUAUAGGGAAAGAUUUUUAACCCAGAUAUUCUCUUGUGAGACUUAGGAAUGCUGUGACUAUUUGAUCAAAAGC